GUAACAGAGCCAGCUAAAAGCCGAGUUUUUCAGGUGCUCUCCAGACACCCUGGUCCCCACAACAAUAAUUGA